AUGUUCAAUUCAAUUUUUCGUAACAUUUUGGGCACUGAAGAACCCCCAACCAAAGUCCUGGAAGUGCGCUCUGACAAUUACAUCUCAAGGCCUAUACAUUACAGAGAAGAUUCCAUGUUAUUGUAUGGUCCAAAGGCAGAUUCAAAGAGUCCAAAAGAUAAAUAUUAUGAAAUAGUUCUUCAUAAACCAUUUACUGAGAGCUUACAUCAGAUGUACAGUUUAUGUCGAGCAACUAAUUUAGAAAGUGCAGAAGAAAAGUUCAUUGUUUAUAAAGAAAGAAUACCAAUUUUCAUCAAAAUAACUAAAGAGUGUACAGUACCAAUACUUCAAAAGCUUUGUGAUACAUUAACUGAACACCAAUCAUGGACGAUAGCACACUUAGUGGCUCAUUUUGGUCUCACUGAAUUGUUCAAUGAUGCUAAUGUUCAAAAACAUAUUGAUGAUACUGACCCAUUGACUGGAGCAACUCCUCUUAUGGUUGCAGUAAAAGCUUGUAAUGUACGAAUGGUUCAAAGUUUGGUAUCUUUGAACAGUUCACUGGAUGUAAUCGAUCUAGAAGGUAACACCGUGUUCCAUUACGCAGGUGCAAGUAAUAAGGAGAUUGUUAAUGCAUUAGUAAGCAAAAACCCAUCAUCCUUAAACGUGUAUAACAAGCAAGGGUACACGCCACUUCAUACUGCUUGCCUCGCCAAUGCACCAGAUUGCGUGCGCGCGUUAAUGGCGGCCGGAGCUGACGUCAACCUUACAGCUGCUAAAAGAUCUACCAGCACAUUACCAGGUAUAGUCGGGGAUCUGAUGCAAAACAACCAACCAAAGCUUCACCAACAAGAUAUGAAACACGGCGGCACACCUCUACAUUGGUCCACAUCUCGAGAAGUGAUCGAGGCUUUAGCCGACAAAAACUGUGACAUAAACGCACUAAACUUCGACGGCAGAACUGCUUUACACAUAAUGGUUUUACGCGGUCGAUUAGAAUGUGCCAUAGCUUUAUUGUCCCGAGGAGCUGAGCCGUCUAUAGGCGAUAAGGAAGGCAACACACCAUUACAUUUGGCCGUGAAACAAACCAGUACAGCGAUCGUACAAGCAUUGAUUGUUUUCGGAGCAAAUUUGGAAGCUAAGAACAAUAUGGGUAAUACGGCAAGACAUAUAAUACCUACGGAAUUGUCGAACAGUCCCUAUGAUAGAAUACUGUAUAUGCUGCAUGCGGUUGGAGCUAAAAGAUGCUCUCCCGAAACCCCUGGAUGUGGCCCCAGUUGUUCUCACCGGGGGGACUACAAUGGUGUACCCCCUCCAGCAGUCGCUCGCUCCGCGACAAGGGAUCUCGUCGACCAGAUGUUAUCUGUCGGCGCUAUGGAGAAAUCUACAUGUUUUGACGCAAACCAAAAACAAGGCAGGUUACUAUGUUUAGACGGCGGUGGUAUCAGAGGCCUGGUUUUAGUUCAGUUACUCUUAAGCUUGGAAGAGGCAGUCGGUAGACCUAUCAUACACUGCUUCGACUGGGUGGCUGGCACUAGUACUGGGGGUAUUUUGGCUUUGGCCUUAUCAUGCGGUAAAUCGCUCAGGGAAUGUCAAAGGUUAUACUUCAGGAUGAAGGAAUUUGCCUUCGUUGGCAUGAGACCUUAUCCAUCUGAUGCACUGGAGAAUAUAUUGAAGGAAUGUCUAGGAACAGAAACGGUGAUGGCAGACAUCAAACACCCCAAGCUUUUGAUCCUAGCUAUAUUAGCUGACCGCAAGCCUGUGGAUUUGCAUAUAUUUAGGAAUUACAAGUCUGCUCAGGAGAUACUCAAUGAACACAAUGGAACUACAAGUGCACAAGCCGAAGCAGGGGAUCAGGCGUCUGUAGUGUCUUUAGCGGCCCCUUGCUCUCCCACCGAGCAGCUGGUGUGGCAAGCGGCUCGUGCCACUGGUGCCGCACCUUCCUACUUCAGAGCUUCUGGCAGGUAUUUAGACGGAGGUUUAAUGGGCAACAACCCGACUUUGGAUGUCCUAACUGAAUUGACAGAGUUGAAUCUCGCUCUUAGAGCCACGGGCAAACAAGAUGAAGCAAAAAAAACUAACUUGAAAGUGGUCGUUUCUUGCGGAACAGGUCUGAUACCCGUAACAAAACAAAAGGACAUAGAUGUUUUCAAACCGGAGAGUGUAUGGGAUACGGCGCGGCUGGCUUUCGGACUGAGCUCUAUUGGACGCUUGUUGGUAGACCAGGCGACUCAAGCAGACGGCCGAGUGGUCGAACGUGCUAGGGCGUGGUGCUCAGGAAUAGGCGUACCUUACUAUCGGUUCGCGCCGCAGAUGUCCAAGGAAGUGGCCAUGGACGAACGGUCUGACGAGAUCCUCGUGACCAUGCUGUGGGAAGCAGCUGCCUACAUGCACACCCAUAGGGACAGAGUUGCUGAGUUGGCAGCGCUACUCAAUAACAGCGGUGACAUGUUAAAUAAUGAACUUAAAUGA